AUGUUCACACUGCUUCUUGUCGGCGCUGGACUCAUCGCACUUUAUGUACUUCUUAAUUGGCAUCUCAAACAACCAAUAUGCAAAAGCAAUGCCAAGUUACAUGGAAAAACUAAUCGUGACUGGUGAGUUCGUACAUUAUAAAACAAUGUGACACUAAUGGUGGGCAAUUAUUCCUCGUUUUGUACAGUCGGGAAGUGACCGUUAUCUAAUGUUAUGUACCGUUAUUAUUGGUGGUCACAUGGGAUUGAUUCCGCAUUUCUUUGCUUAAUUUAUUUUCUUGGGAUGUAAUUUACUUUUAUUGCAUAUUGUAAAUAGUUGAGGAAUUGUAUUUUAAACAUUUUGCGCUGGACAUGAACUCGACGUCUGUGUGGGUCUGUCCUAAUGGUGUGUCUCUCCAGGAUCUAACACAGGCAUUGGGAAAACAACAGCAAUAGAUCUGUCCAGAAGAGGUGCGAGGGUUAUAAUGCCUGCCGAGAUAAGCAGAGGGCAGAAGCUGUCAUCAGUGACAUCAAGAAGGUAAGAGAGGUGUCAGAAUCCAUAUCUCACUCCAGCUGUCUGGUAAACAGUGGAAGCUUGCUGUAGUUACAUGUCUUUGACUGAGGGGGUGCCAGUGGAUCAUACAUGGACGAUAUUACUGUAGUUCCCCCUCAGUCAUGUUCACACCUCACACACUGUCCCUCUCAUUCACAUUUUACAGAUAGUUGUGCUCUGGUCACUUUAGCUGAUUAAUUUGUUGAUGGUUUGGUUUAUUAGUCUCUAUAAAGUGAGGGUCACAGAGCAUCUGACUGGCCAUUCUUACUUUCUCAGGAGACUGGGAACAAUGAGGUUGUGUUCAUGGAGCUGGACCUUGCAAGCCUACAGUCUGUGCGAUCUUUUGAUGAGACCUUCCUUAAGUCUGAAUUUAGACUCAAUAUUCUUAUCAACAAUGCUGGUGAGUCAUGCAUUGCUGCCAUGGGUCCAGUAUUGAGUGUGAUAUUUCACAUUGUGUUAUAUUGUGUUAUAGUCAAAUUUGUUACAUGUUGCAUCCUCUCUCAAGCAAACCAAAUGUCAAUGGAUUAUAUGGCUGGUUGGUUUCUUAAUAUACAGCAAACCUGCAUUAACAAAGGAGUGAAAGUGUAUUUAUUUUGAAAACAUUGGUCCUCUUUAUGCAGGGCUUGUGAAUGGUGGCAAGACAAAGGACGGCGUGGGAAUGAUCUUCGGCGUUAAUCACCUCGGCCACUUCCUGUUACCCGUGCAGCUGCUGGACCGUCUGAAAGAAUGCGGUCCGAGUCGAGUGGUGACUGUCGCCUCCAUAGCUCAUGAGUUUGGCAAAGUCGAUUUUAACUGCCUGAGUACCCACAAAGACCUGGCUGUUGGAGAAUCUGACUGGGCUUUGUUUCAGAAGUACAGUCAUAGCAAGCUGUGUAAUAUGCUCUUCACACACGAGCUUGCCAAAAGACUGGAGGGCACAAAUGUCACCUGCUACAGUUUGCACCCAGGUCAGUGCUUCAACACUUUAUAGCAUGUAAGCAAGGCCGGAUGGUAUGUACUGUAACUGUGCAGAAAUAUACAGUAUGCUUACUAAUACUGUUUUUUUUCUGUCACAGGAGGAGUGAAGACAGAAAUAGUCCAGUAUUCAGGCGCAUGAUGUUGGCACCUUUCAUCUCGCUGUUCGCUGUGGACGCAGAAUCCGGGGCCCAGACUACACUCUACUGUGCCCUCCAGGAGGGUAUAGAGCCUCUGAGUGGAUGCUACUUCUCCUGCUGUGCAGUACAGAAGGUGAAUGCCAACGCCAAAGAUGAUGCUGUGGCCAAGAAGUUGUGGGAAGUCAGUGAGACACUUUGUGGCAUGUCUUAA